AUGCCGUACUUCCGCCCGUGGUUCGAGGAUCUUCUCGGGGUCGGCUUGGACUUCAUGAAACCAAGCCAAAGGAUAGGCGACGUGGAAAUCCCACCACCUAUCAUGAACGACCAACUUUGCGAUGAACUCGUCCGUGCCAACAUUUCAUUCUCAAACGCGCCGUGGAUCAGACUAAUGCGUGGGCAUGGGCACACGGUACACGACCUCUUUAAAUUGCGUCACGGAAAAUUUUCACGCCUACCGGAUAUUGUCGUAUGGCCGCGAAGUGAAGAAGAUGUAAUGAAG